AUGAAUUCAACAGUGGUUUACGACUCGCUAAGACUCCUAACAGCCUUACGUACAAUUGGCGAGGGAAGUGGGAUGUAUUUUAUUGCUGUCACCGUUUUAAUCCUAACAGUAAUCUCCACUCAACGAUGGGUAGUUAUUUCUCACCGAUCGUUCUUUACACAGCGCCGCGCAUGUUUCACAGUCAUUGCACUGAUGUUAGCUGCGAGUCUCGUAGUUAUCCUUCGUGUUCUAGAGAAUGUAAACAUUGGUUAUGGAUGUUCACUACGAUACAUGCUCAAUGCUAAUAUGCUGUCCUGUUAUCUUGUUAUGACAAUAGCAAACUUUAACGUUUAUCGAAGUAUUUGUCGCCAUCAGAGGCAAAUCCAAAUCCAACAACGCAUAAUUUUGGUAGAUCGGCGAUAA